AUGAACACUUCUCUCAGUCAUAAUGGCAAGACAGCGGGCUCAGUUCAUGAUGAGGACAACCCGCUGUAUAGAUCCGUGACUCUAUCAGCGGAACAAUUCGAAAGACUGUAUCUAGCUCCGAUGACUCGCAGGCAGCCUAAAUUGGCUAAGCAAUUAGGAAAUCCGACACCACUAGCGUUAGGUGGAUUCGUUAUCACUACUACGCCUCUUUCGUGCUGUCUAAUGGCCUGGAGGGGAUCUGGCGGAAAUGGACUUGCCUUCAUCGGACCCAUCGUCUUCCUCGGUGGGCUUCUACUACUCAUUACGAGUAUUCUUGAGUUCAUUUUGGGCAAUACGUUUCCAUGCGUUGUAUUCGGUACCAUCGGAGGAUUUUGGUUUGCGUUUGCAGCCACGAUGAUUCCUGCCUUCAAUGCAGCUGCACCGUAUUCCUCGUCCUCGACCGACACGAUUUCCGGAUUGUCCAGCCCCGAGUUCAUGAAUACUUUCGCUUUCCUCUUCUUGACCAUGGCCAUCCUGAUGCUGAUCUUCAUGAUCUGCGCAACGCGAACCAACAUCGGUGCCGGAGCUUCACUAUUCGUCGCGAGCCUGUUUGGAUUUUAUCUUUUGAUUGUUCAGCUCUUUGAGGCUUUGGAAUUCCCAUUCCGGCUCCCUGUCGGCGAUUUGGGGGCCCUCUGGACUUUCAAACAACACGAUAAUGGUGCCAACUCAGUUGAUAUUGGAAAUGAAGCAAAAAGACAGACAAAACCCAAAUCACACGCUUCAAGAAACCCGGCAAGUACAAGCGAUAUUUCAUCGACUGCAAGCUCGUACGGUGUCGUUCUGGAUGAACAGCUUCGCUCUUCAUCGCAAUGGUAUCCUGUUACUUUUAACCACGCGAACAUACCUGCUUCGAUAGAUGCUGCGCAUUUUCCUAUCGAGUUCUCCUCAGGCCUACAAGGCGCAUCUUUUGGCAGAUUAGAUGAAUUAGGGCUGAGUGCGGAUCAGUCGGAAUUUCUUGCUCCGAGCAUAGACAUCUCGUCUGAUUGGCAAACCGGCGCGGCCACUGGACACCCCGAAGACGCUUUCAGAGACCUUGAAUGCCUUUUCAGCUCUUCUGAGAAUGAAACCGACAUUAGUGAGCAGUCCCAAGGAGGAUACAGCCCUUUGAACUUUUUCUCUCAAGGAGACAAUCAUACCGGUCUCAAUUCUUGGUCGACGCCUCAUUUUAACACACUACUAAGUCCACCAAGUUUCUGCAUUGCGUCCGAGAAUGCAGMAAGCCAAUACGCUCGUUCCACGAUGAGACGUAACUUACUGCGCAUAUACCACGACAGCAUGGAAAAUGCAUUAUCAUGCUGGCUGACUGAGCACAACUGUCCUUACAGCGACUUUAUUAGCAGCGCUCUGCCAGGUGACGAGAGAGAAGAAUGGGGUCCAAAUUGGUCCAACAGAAUGUGUAUUCGGGUUUGCCGGCUAGAUCGCUCCUCAUCUUCAAUACGUGGCAGGGCUUUAAGUGUGGAAGAGAACAAAACCGCCGACCGAGUACUGCAUCUAGCCAUCAUGGCAUUCGCCUCACAGUGGACUCAACACGCGGAAAGGGGCACAGGUCUAUCCGUCCCAGCGUCUAUCUCCCGUGAUGAGAGAUCUAUCCGGGAGCUUGUGCGAGAGGCUCAUCCAAAAGUGAAUGAGUCUCAAAUGGCGUCAAUCGGAGCAACAUUUGUCAAUGAAUCGGAAAGGUUGAAGCGUCUGCAAGUGGAUCCCAUUCUCAACAGCCACGAGAGUCGUAAUACACUAGGUCUCUUAUUCUGGUUAGGAGUCAUGUUUGAUACAUUGAGUGCAGCCAUGUAUCAGCGACCAGUGGUGGUAUCAGAUGAGGAUAGUCAGAUCGCAUCGGCAUCGCCAACAAUACUUGAUUCUGAACAGCUUAGCUUGACACGAAAUCCGCAGACAGAGAUUUACAGAAAGCAACAAGACGUGUGGGGAGAAUUCUUCCUCUAUCCUGCCAAGCUCAGCGGAGCUCACCCAAGAUGGCCAUGUUCCUACGAAGAGGCCGCCGCCGUACUUUCCGAAGCGACGCCCGUAAAAGUCUUACUCUACCGUCGGGUCACUCAAUUACAAACACUUAUUUAUAGGGGAGCUGGUCCUGAUGCCAUUGAGGAGGGUAUCCAGAAGACCCUUCAGGUAUAUCAGCAUUGGAAUCAAACCUAUCGAAGAUUUAUGCUCGACUGCGUUGAGAAUCACGACUUUCUACCUUCUCGCAUCCAGUCAUGGUAUGUUAUUCUCGACGGCCAUUGGAAUCUGGCUGUAAUGCUUCUGGCAGACACGAUGGAAAGCAUAGACAUCGGAAGACUUGGUUAUAAAAGUGAGGAUCGCAUAGUUGCUGGAUUCGUCUCGAAGCUGAGGACAGAGCAUGCACUUGUGGUUAGCAAACUGUGUCGUGCGUCACUCUAUGGGCAGAACCCAUCCAUGCAUCUCCAUUUCCACGAUUCACUCAACGAGGUCGCAUUCUUGGUUGAACCCUGGACUAUUGUUCUGAUUCAUUCAUUCGCCAAAGCAGCAUAUAUCCUUCUAGAAAGAUUGGAUGCUUCGGGCGGACAUAUUUCCUUCUUGCAAGGAUGUGAAGAUUGUAUCCGUGCGCUUCAAUAUCUUGGGAGAAAGUCAGAUAUGGCAUUCAUGUUGGCUCGGAAUCUAUCGGUAUCACUGGACUUGAAGCUUGCUCAGAUGUCAUAA